ACAGACAGACACACGCGUCCUGUGAUCCUGUGAGAAGUGCUGUUUCUUUAUCAAUUGCGGGGGGUCCAAUAUAGGACCGGGAAAAUACUAUGGGUCAGAGAAGAGAAUAUAAAAAUGGAAACAGACUUGAGGUCGUGUGUGUAAGGCGGCAUUAAUCCUAUGUAAUAUUUUAUUAAAGCACUUCUGUUGAGUCCAGCUCAUGCAUAUUAACAGUCAUUUUAAAAAUCAGUGCGGUAGUACAUGACGCGCUGAUUGACAAUCAGUUAAAGUAUGAAAAUUCGGUUCAAUUUAUUUUUAUAUAGCGCCUUUCAUAACACAGCCGCACCAUGGUGCUUGGCAAGAAUGUGUGACAAUCCAUUACUACAUGGUGUAUACGAAAUGAUGCAUGAGACGGAGAAAUGUGGCGAGAGAACGUGAGGAUGCCAGAAGCAGGAGCAACACUCGGAUAGGAGCGUUUUCAGUCGGCGAGCAUCAGCUCACGGGACACAAGGUCGCAGUGAAAAUCCUCAACCGGCAGAAGAUCCGCAGCCUCGAUGUGGUCGGAAAGAUCAAGCGGGAGAUUCAGAACCUCAAGCUGUUCCGGCACCCACACAUCAUCAAGCUGUACCAGGUGAUCAGCACGCCUACAGACUUCUUCAUGGUGAUGGAGUAUGUUUCAGGAGGAGAGCUCUUUGACUAUAUCUGUAAGCAUGGAAAGGUGGAGGACCCCGAGGCAAGGCGUCUCUUCCAGCAGAUCAUCUCCGCUGUGGAUUACUGCCACCGGCACAUGGUCGUCCACCGUGACCUGAAACCCGAGAACGUGCUGCUGGACGGCAGCAUGAAUGCCAAGAUCGCUGACUUUGGGCUCUCAAAUAUGAUGUCUGAUGGAGAGUUCCUCAGGACGAGCUGUGGAUCCCCCAACUAUGCAGCUCCUGAGGUCAUCUCUGGCAGGCUGUAUGCAGGUCCCGAGGUGGAUAUCUGGAGCUGCGGGGUGAUCCUGUACGCCCUGUUAUGUGGGACCCUGCCCUUUGACGACGAGCACGUGCCAACCUUGUUUAAGAAGAUUCGAGGAGGGGUUUUCUACAUGCCCGAGUACCUCAACCGCUCUGUGGCCAGCCUGCUGAUGCUGAUGCUGCAGGUGGAUCCUCUGAAGAGAGCCACUAUAAAAGACAUCAGAGAGCACGAGUGGUUCAAGCAGGAUCUGCCUGGCUACCUGUUCCCCGAGGACCCUUCUUACGAUGCCAAUGUGAUCGACGAGGAGGCGGUGCGGGAGGUCUGCGAGAAGUUUGAGAGCACAGAGUCCGAGGUUAUGAGUAGCCUGUACAGCGGCGACCCACAGGACCAGCUGGCCGUGGCGUACCACCUGAUCAUCGACAACCGCCGCAUCAUGAACCAGGCCAGUGAGUUCUACCUGGCCUCCAGCCCACCGACCGGCUCUUUCAUGGAGGAAGGCAUGCCCCUGCCCCCAGGGGUCAAGCCCCAUCCUGAGCGCAUGCCGCCACUGCUGGCAGACAGUCCCAAGGCCCGCUGCCCUCUGGACGCUCUGAACACCACGAGGCCCAAGCCGCUGGCCGUGAAGAAGGCCAAGUGGCACCUGGGCAUCCGCAGCCAGAGCAAACCCUAUGACAUCAUGGCGGAGGUGUACCGGGCCAUGAAGCAGCUCGAGUACGACUGGAAGGUAGUCAAUCCCUAUCACCUGCGAGUGCGACGGAAGAACCCGGUCACAGGGAACCUGGUGAAGAUGAGUUUACAGCUCUACCAAGUGGACAAUCGCAGCUAUCUGCUGGACUUUAAGAGCAUUGAUGAUGAUGUCACAGAGCAGAAGUCGGGCUCCUCCACUCCGCAGCGCUCCGGCUCAGCUGCAGGACUCCACCGGCCACGGCUCAGUAUCGACUCGGCCUCUCCUGCUGUGGAGGUGCCCCUGCUCAGCAGCUCACUGCCAGGCUCCUUCACGGGCUGCGUGCCACUGCUUGCCCCACGCCAGGGCAGCCACACCAUGGACUUCUUUGAGAUGUGUGCCAGUCUCAUCACCACACUGGCACGCUGAGCGUCCUGACUGGCUGGAGACCGCCUGGCACUAGGGGGCUAUUCCUGGAGUAGUAUCUGUGGUAAACCAAUCAGCCGCACCCCCCACCCCUUUCGUGUUCACUGAAUGCCAUAUAUAGCAAUACAUUGGCAUAUUACCCAGUGAGGUUGCAAUUCUAUUCAUUUAGUAUUUCUUGUUUCACAUAUAUAAAUGUGUGUGUGUGUGUGUGUGUGUGUGUGUGUGUGUGUGUGUGUGUAUGUGUAUGUAUGUAUGUAUGUAUAUUUAUAUAACUUACCAUACCCUCCUAACAUCACUAUUUAGAUUUCUCACCAGAAAUGAAAUAUACACAAGGAAAAAAGUUUUUUUUUUACUUUUAACAUGUUUUAUAAGUGCUUUAUGUAAGUAUACUUUCAGGCCCAUAUCUUGUGUGGUGCAGUAAUCUGUAUUUAUAGCGCCUUGCCCUAUAUGGUCAGUAGGGAAGCCCAGUCAGCCAACACAGGUUGGCUGAGCACCGCCGGCGCGCCCAUUUCCCAUGAUGCACCCCAGCUCCCACAGCUUGCCAUUAUCAGCAGCAGUUAAACCAGAACAGUGCGACUGGGACCUGGUGAACGACUCCUACCUUGAUGAAUCGGUCCGGUCCGGUUGCAUGGUCAGAAUCACAUUUUGUCAGACGUCCCCGUUCACAAAUCUGUCAUUUAACCGGUUGGCUCGUUUCCGGAUGCAGUGACAGCAUCUAAAGAAGCUUCGCGCAAAGCAUGCGGACAGGUGCCGUGGAUGCGCCCUGCAGUGAUCCCGAUGCUCCAUGUCAGCUGAGGUGGUUCUGCGGCAGAGUAGUAAAGCGCUGGACGUAAGGCGUAAUCUGCAAAAGCUCUGCAGAAGUGCGACCAGCUCGGGCUGAUAACAUUCUGCAGCAUCGGCUGGAGCAGAUGAGCAGCUAAUCUCCUAUAACCAGUCUCAUUUAAGGUGAGGAGCGGAAAAAUCCCCGGAGAAUGGCCACUCCCACCCUCCAAGCCGUGGUGGGGGGGGGGGAGGGGGGUGCAGAGCUGAAAUGAGCUUUGGGAUGGGAGGCGGUGCAUUCGGCCCACCGCUGCUAGACUGUCCCCGUACAGGCUGAGAUAGACUCCUGCCAAUGUAAAGACCACAGAAGUGUCUGUAAAGCCGGAUAAGCAGCAUGUUUCAAAGCAGCACAAAGUGCACAUUCUGUAUAUCAGUACAUUACAAGGAAGGAGGUACAAAUAAGUAUAUAUCGUCAUUUCAAGGAUUUCGCUGGAGACAGGUGCUGUGAAAAGGUUGUUGUUAGUCUGUAAAUAAUAUUUAAACUGUAUGGUGUAUUUGCUAAAAUUGGGAAUCGCUGCCAACAUCCGGUUGGUGUUGUGGUUUGCGGUGUUAGCAAGUAGCAUUGGAAACAGCUGAGGUAACGCAUCACCUUUAUGUAAGACCACAGAAACAUCUUCGCUGUUGCCUUAACACAUGUUUUUUUUAUUAUUUUUUUAUUGAACUACUGCGGUGGGAAGUAUUUUAUGUUAGAACUGUGUAUUAGUGCAAUAUUUCACACGACCUCACUCUUCGGAAGUUACUGUGAAUCAGGCUGAGAUGCCGGAUGGGCGGCGGCCACGCAGCAGUGGAGUUUCGGUGCCAACGUGGUUGCUGGUGCUAUAACCAAACCGUAGAAAUGAGGAACGGAGCAGCUCUGUGGCCAGUGAAAGGUUAAUUUUCUCUUCCUUACAUCUUUGGGGGAAAAAGCCUUGGAGGCAUCACUGGCUGUAUCGAAGAGGCAGUCAGGAGAUCCCAGCUGCAAAAAAAAAAAGAGCGGGACAGGCGAUCACUCAUCCGUGCGUCAGUGCCUGCCGUCUCCUUUAAUGGCUGCUUGCAGGACAUAGACAGACCGGUUGUCCCUGCUUGAGCUCUGUGUGUUUCUCUGGUACCACUUCAUGUGUUUCUUGUGUAUGCAGUGGUGGAUUUUCAUCCUGGCUGACUGUGAGUUUCGGACGGGCCGUGCAUUCUCGGGGCUCUGUCUUGCGGUCUUCUUACACCUUGUUCUCCACGUCUACGCUAAACGCUCCCGCUGCGUCGUCUUGCCGUUUGGUUUUCCCCCGCUCCUCAUGCAGGACCCGUGACGUACUCUGUGACUUGACUUGCUUAUCGUGUCUCAUGGGAGUGUGUGAAUGGGCUUUGUGUGUCGUGGUAAACUGUAAAAAAAAAAAUAAAAUAAAAAUAAUGCAACCUCGGCAUGCACAAAACCGAAUGUGAGAUCUUACUGCAGUGCGUCGGAAUGAAUUGUGCCACCUGCUGCUGAAAAAAUGCAAUUACACUUAAUUACAAUACAAUAACAUGAUUACAGGUUACAUUCACUUUAGGUAUUAAAAGGAAAAAUAACACAAAUGAUAUAUACAAAAAAAAUGAACGAAAUAACUGAGCUGUAUGUUUGUGAACGAUAUAGAGUGUUUUCUGCUAAUUCACUUCCUGAAAACUAUUUCUAGGUAUUCUGUGGAUCCUUACUUGACAUUCUGUUAUCUAACUCUGUAUUUGUGAAUAGGAGGUUGUGGGUCCCUUAUUCAUAAACCGUGUGUUUGGGUCUGAGGAAUGCGUACUUUAAAGUCGCACGGUGAAGACACUUGUGUCCAGAAAACAUGUUUCUAUUGGAUCUGCUGUGUGGAAUUCAGCUGUACAAUCUGCAGUGAGUUCACGAUAAAAGGUGCUGGAGUGCAGUUCCCAAAAGUUUUGUGACAUUAAGUACUUUAUUGUACCAAAAAUAUUUAGUUGAUCAGCGAGUGUUUCUCAAAACCCUUUGUAACAACUAAAGUAGUUCAUAAAACUCAUUUGUAAAUUUAACUAGUGAACUGACCGACUUAUUUUAAUGAAGUCGUACUUCAUUUUAGUUUUUUCCUGCUAUUCUGUCAGAGAGAUAAAGGUCGCCGUAAAUAGAUCAAGGAAAAAUACACACUGGUGAUCUUUUUUGGACAACGUAGUAAUAAUAAUAUUUGGUCAAGGUUGCAAUAUAAAAUUGUAAUGUAGGUUAUAAAAUAUAGCAGAAAAGGCUCUUUGAAGUUGUUACAGCUGCAUGUAACACCGGUCUGUACCAGGGUUGUGCAUCAUUCAGAACUAAAUUGAGAAUAACCCCUGAAAUUUUAAUUCAUGAAUUUCUGCAGUGGGAAACUGGAUGCAGAAUUGCAAUUUGAAUUGAAGGAAGCAGAAUUAAGGGAAUUGAAUGCACAUAAAUUCAUAUAAAUUAUGCGUAUGCAGCUUUUAACAAUAUUUCAAUGCGAGUUACACAAGCAUGUUAAAAUGCACAGCAUAUAAUGUAUCGUUGCAGUAAAAAUGGUAUUCGGUAUGAAGGAAUGCAACAUUAGAAGAGCUUAUUUAAGUAAUUUCGUGUACCAUCAUGAAAGAGCACUUCAUACGGUAAUACAAGUGUCCUCCAUCUGACAACAGACAGCUACUCACAUGAAAAGCUACUAAAGUUCUGCCAUGCAUGAAUGGUUAAAUCUGAAAAAACAAAAAAUAUUUGCCCAUGGAAAAUUACUUGGUAAACCAGCAUAAACCAAAAGUAUAUUACAAUUCAAUAGGCUAAAAGUUAUAUAUAAUUUAAGAAGUUAUACAUAAUUAAACAAGUUACCCACUGAUGCCUAUAUAAACUUAGUAUAUACAGUACAUCUACCCUCUAGGAAGUAAAUCUAGUAUAUAAUUAUUUUCAUUUUGCAAUAUUAAGUCAUAUGUGAUUUCAUUGAAUUUCUUUGAAGUGAAAUGAAUGAAAUUUUUCUUCCUGUCAUUAAGUCAAUUCAAGUCAGGUAGGUUUAUUUGUCAUUUUAGCCAUAUACACAGUAUAUAGUGAAACGAAACAUUGUUUUUUCAGGGCCAAGGUGCACAAAAAUGGACAGAAACACAGCACUACAACUGCAAUAUACAGGACAAGUGCACAGUGCAGUCGACAGUAGUAGCCGUGAUGGUCUGAGAUGAAUGCUUGAAUCAAUUAUUUAUUGCAGAAACAGUAUUUAUGACUUGUACUGUAUUUUAGCAGCAAAAAGAUGGCAAUAAAUGAUAAAUAAAUGUGCGAAUACAUUAAACUGUAUGUGAAAUUAUUUGUAAUUCAGUUUUGAUUCAAGAGUCUGACAGCCUGAGGGAAGAAGUAGAGGUUGGUAUGUUGCGGAACCUUUGGCCAGACGGAAGGAGGGAAACGAGGGUGUGUGUGUGAGGGUGGGGGGGUGUGGAAUCAUUCACACAUUCUAAUUCACUUUACAAUUCAGCAUCCCAGAGGUUGUAGCCAGUUCAAAUUCUGAUUCGUGAAUGGAAUGGGACAGAAUUAAUAAAUUAUACAUUUUGCACGAUCCUGGUACAUCAUGAGCUAACCUGUCAAACUUGCUGUGUAUUCAGUCACAUCCUUUAAAUUGAGAAGCUGAAUCGCCACUUACUAUACGCAACGACAAUGGCUGCUGUCCACAGAAUUUUGUAAACUGUCUGAAUGCUGUUUUGUGAAUGGGCAUGGACCCCCUUUGAUCAUCUCAGUAAUAAACAACUCAUAGAGGAAAAGCAGACUGUCCUGGGAUGAAAUAGUGAGUCUUCAUGGUCUGCAGCAAGAUGAAUUGAAAAGAGGAAGACGCCAAAAUGUCGUCGUUCCUCCCAGCGUGCAGCUUCUGAUGACUCUGUUCUCUGCUUCUAUACCACUGGAUUCCUGCAGACCACUGUUGAUGCGUGUGGCCAAAUCUGUGCAUGCAGUGACCAGGUUACUAUUGCACCAUGCAUGCAACAACACGAUUCUAACGCCUUCACAAGUUCUCGAGGGUCUAAGAUUUUUCCCCGAAUGCUGCUGUGCUGCACAACAUCGCAGUAAUUAUUAAAUUAUUAAAAUGUGUUUUCUCAUGUGUUUGCUGGAGAGGAGCCAGCUAAGAACUAUAAGUUCAUUGGUUAAAGCUUUUGGGAAACAUUCGCAAAACUCCCUUCUUUACCUACGUUGUUAGCUUGUGUGUUAUUUACUAAGAUCGAUCAUUAUUGGGAGAUGCACCUCUGACUGGUCACAUGUCUGAUGUGUUAGUCAGUGUUCCUCUGGGAUUUUGGUUUUGCUUGUUCUGAAUGGUCCUGUCAGUAGCAGUGUCAUCUCACACCCCUGGUUAUGGGUUCAGAUCCCGCCUCCUCUCCAAGUGUGUAGCUUGUAUUGUGUUGUCAGACUGUCCUCUCGCUGUUUGGUUAACUGGCAUCUCUAAGCAGCUCAUUGUGUGAGCCUUGUCCGGCAUCCCAGCCCCCCCCCCCCCCCCCCAAUCUGGUAUGAAGGGUUGGAAGAUGGAUGGAUUUUAUGUGGACUGCACUGCAUGGUGUUGCUGUUCUGAUUUGCACUUUAUUCAAUAUUCGUUGUUAUAUUUUUGUGACAUUAUGAAUUAAGCCAAAUGCUGUUUUGGUGCAAAAUUAAAUGCUAUUAAUUAUAUAUA